GAUCCGAGGCGUUCAAAGUGCGAUGAACAGAUUGGAUAUGUCCCCGGGCAUCGAGUGCCAUCAACUACAGCAUCGUCUCUGUCUCCAGCGAGAGCUCCGUGCGUUGAGCUCUGCAGCGAGUUCUUGAUUUCGAAGAUCGACUGCAGCAGACGACGACGGUCCUCGGAGAAACGACGUGCCCGUGAAUUGCCAUGGCACAGGCUGUGGCUAUGGCUUCCCUCGUCCACUUGCCCACCGCAUUGGGCACCAACUCUGUGAGACAGGCCCGACAUGGAUCGCCUGCAGUUCUGUCUCCCAUCCGAUGCUCAGGAUGCAAUUCUGCAGAGACCGGAGCAGAAGCACAGGUGUCGAUGAGUAGAAGAGCCGCUGUGGGGUUUUGCGGGUUAGCCGCAACUUAUUCUCUGUUUCAGAGUUUCGAAAGAGCGGACGCUGCAGGCUUACCAGAGGAAGAGAAGCCACGUCUAUGUGGUCCCGAUUGCGAGAAGGAAUUAGAUAAUAUCCCGACAAUUACAACUCCAUCUGGGUUACAGUACAAGGAUAUUGUGGUCGGAAAGGGCCCGAGUCCACCUGUUGGAUACCAGGUGUAUGCACACUACGUGGCAAUGAUUCCUUCUGGGAAAAUCUUCGACAGUUCUUUAGACAAGGGGUCGGCUUACAUCUUCAGGGUUGGAUCGGGUCAGGUCAUAAAGGGUCUGGAUGAAGGUAUCCUGACUAUGAAAAUUGGUGGAAAACGUCGUCUGUACAUUCCUGGAGAGUUGGCUUUCCCAAAAGGUCUCGGUGCAGCUGCUGGACGACCCAGGGUUCCACCGAGUAGCCCUGUGGUCUUUGAUGUGAAUCUCCUACUCAUCCCGGGUCUGGAGGAAGAAGAAGAUGAGUAGUUUCAACCAUCCCCAGAGCUUGUCUUGAUCUGUCUUUGUAUUCUAGACAUUUGCCCUCCACAGCCUCGUUUAUAAUUUUUUUGGAGGACCUUCUGUACCAUUUACCUGCCAAGACAGAGAGGUACUUUCGGGCAGUUUGUCCUCUCCUGUAACAUUUUAUUACCAAGCUAGGGUCGUUCCUUCGGGCAGUUUGCACGGAUUCGUAUAUUCGAGGUGAGAGGCUCUUUGAGAAAGCUCCUUGCCUUGGAGUCAAACAUAGAACUUGUAGCUAUCUGGAAAACACCGAAUUGAACCUCAGCGGACACCCUGUUAUUGAAACGCUUGUCAUCCUGAUGCAUGAAUCUCAGGGAUCAUGGCAAAUGAAAACAGAGGUGUUGACGAUGCGUAGAAUUAAGUUGACUCUAAACUGAAAAUUCCCGAUUCUUUCUGAUAGAGAUGAAUGGUUGAUACCAGUUUGAACACAAAAUGGUGAAAUUUCAUGCUCGAACCAUUCUCAUAUGAACCAAUGCCCUUUCGUACCUGAGAACCACUUUCACAAUGAAUUUUCGUGCCGAAGUGGUGAGAAUAUCAAGAAUCUACGCCGCCUCUGUUCUUGUGUACUCGUUAACCACCUCCAUCUUUUCACCCUCGGCUUUGCCACACACCUUAGUUUAAGUCCAACACAUAAGACGCGAGAUUAAU